UUUAUUGUGAAAAUGGCGACUACCGGGGUUGGUUUUCGGUGGUUAGAUAUAUUAGAAAAGGAAUUCGAUAAAGCAUGUGUCGAACUCGACACGUCUUUAACGGAUUUGGAGACGGAGGAGCCUGACAUAGUGUUCUCAGCCCGGCAGAAGAUAGCUACACUGAGCUCUUGCUUUGCACAACUCUCACACAAAUCACUGACUAUAUUUCAGAAUAGUGCCAAAUUAGAGGCGGAGCUGGUGGACAUGCGGGCAGAACUGGUUCACGCGCGGGCGGCCUCCGCAGGCGGCUGCCAGGACGGCGGCGACGGCGCCGGCAACGUGCCGGAGGCGGCGCGCGCGCGCUCCGAGGCCGCUCAGCUCGCGCGAGAGAACGCCGCGCUCCGCGAAACCGUACUCGCUUUGCACUCCGAACUCUUCGGAGCUAGAUUAGCAACAAAAUACCUGGAUAAGGAACUGGCAGGCAGGAUACAACAGCUCCAACUCCUCGGGAGGGAUAUGCGGUCUGAUAUUAGAGAUUCUCUAUGGGCACAGGUGGAAGCAGAGAUCCUGCUGCAGCGCCACAAGACACUAGUCCGCGUGUGCCGCGGCGUCGCGCCCCGACCAGCCGCGCCCGCGCCGCCCGCGCCCCGCCCGCACCGGCCGCGGCCGCGCACCGUGCGCGUGCGCCGCUCGCCGCAUCUCGGGCUCGGCAUCUCUGUCACGCCGAGAGUUUAUACUGCUGCAGCGUCACAAGACACUAGCCGCGUGUGCCGCCCGCACCGGCCGCGGCCACGCACCGUGCGCGUGCGCCGCUCGCCGCACCUCGGGCUCGGCAUCUCCGUCACGGUGGGUAUUACUCACCACCACCCAUGGUUCUAUCUGCCUCACGGCGUACGAACCGAAUCUCGGGAGAGCGCGCGGCCGAGAGUUUAUACUGCUGCAGCGCCACAAGACACUAGCCGCGUGUGCCGCCCGCACCGGCCGCGUCCGCGCACCGUGCGCGUGCGCCGCUCGCCGCACCUCGGGCUCGGCAUCUCCGUCACGGGUGGGCGCGAGCACGGCGUGCCGAUUCUGAUCUCAGAGCUGGAAGCGGGAGGGCCCGCCGCGCUCACCGGCGAGCUAUAUGUGGGAGAUGCCAUCCUAGCCAUCAAUGACGUUGAUCUCACACAGGCGUGCCACAAAGAAGCGGUCCAAGCGCUGCAGAGCGUGAAGGGUGACUGCGCUCUGUGCGUCCAGUUUAUAGCCACCGACGACGACGACCGGCUCUCGGAGGACAAUUACAGAUUUCCACUGUACCCAGAAGACGGCGAAGUGUUUGGGGUGGAGCCCGACGGCUCCGGCGCCACGCCCACCGCGCCAAGGACGCCCGACUACAAUCGACGUACAUCGGACGCGCGGUCAGCAUCACCCAGCUCGGAAGGCCGGUCUCCCACGCGACGCUACCCCGACUACAACCACAUCAACAACAACCUGGCCAUACUCGACAUGGAUGACGACAACAUCAAGAUCGAGGCCCGGCUCGAGGUGAGCCUUGAGCCGGGACUGUCGCGCGGCGGCUACGCGGCCGUGGGCUCGUCCGACUCGCCGCACUCCACGCCCGUCCACAAGCGCGGCAAGAAGAAGCGCAAGCCGCAGGACUGGCGCACCAAGGGAGCGUAUCGAGCGGUGGAACCGGACGCCGCGUCGUCAGACGAACCUCUCGAGCUUCCUCGCGAGCGGCCGCGCGAUAUAGCCAUCGUGGACAAGGCAGUUGGUGGGUCGCCUGUCACCGCGCCGUUGCCAGCAGCUCCCAUCAUAGUGCCCGCGCCGGCGAUGGCCCCAGCGCCUUCGGUUCCCGCACACAUGGCCCCCGCGCAUCUGUCCUCCGCACACCUGGCUUCCGCGCAUCUGGCCCCCGCGCAAUUGGCCCCCUCGGACCCCUAUGGAAUCCACGCGCACAUGACGUCUUCGGAUAUGACCCCCGAGCAUAUGUCCUUCGUGGCCCCCCCGGUGGCCCCAUCGUCAGUGGCCCCCGCCCCAGUGGCCCCCGCCCCAGCGGUCCCAGCGACUGCAGCCCCUACGCCGUUGGGCUCAUCUGUUGAGACGCCGCCGCCGCCUGCGCCCGAAGCGCCGCCGGACGCGGAACACAAACCGACCCGUACCACCAAUGGCGACGUCAAACCACAGCGGAGAGAAACUAAGGGAUUUAGGAUAGGCUCAGCGCGGCGCGUGACUGACGCGAUGGCGGCGGCGGCGGCGGGCGGCGUGGUCACGAACGGCGACGCCGAACGCGGCAAGUUUCCGGCGCGGCUGUUGGCCGGCGACGGAGACCCGGACUUCGGCACGCCGGUUUGAACCGCUGCAUCCCUUGACCCGGGCAAAACAGUUUCGAUGCGUGCAUCCAAACACUUCUACGUACAUUCGACAACACAUCAGAACAUUUAUUACAACUUUGUUAGAUGCCAUUUAGCUUGAUGUGAUGUCGUUGGUACUACUAGACGGGAAGUGUUGAACUGAGAAGCUCACCGCGAAGGUUAGUUGUAGACUAACUUAACAAUAGUUGAAUAUGACCGAUAACACUGUCAAUAUUUGUACAUUUUUCAUCGAAAACUUGUCUAGUAGUAUACUUAGAAGUCUUUGAUUCCAUCCUGCUCUAUCUUCUAUGGAUGGUCGAUGAGAGCGGCGGAUGUACGAGUAUAACUGUGCAGUGUAAGAUUCCGCAAUUUUCAACUCUAAAUCGAAUUUGGGUAUGUUAUUGAUUUUGUCUUUACAAUGUGUAACUAAAAUGACGCAAAACUAAACUGAUACACAGACUAUUAUUUGUUCAAGAUCUGUUUACUUUUUUAUUUAGUCUACAAUAACAUUCAUCAGUAGCUAAAAUGUCAGACGCACGUUCACAGAUGUCGAUAGCUGUAUUUGCGCUUCUCGCGCCAAUCAACUUUAAGACUCAGAAUGUUGUAAAAGUAAUCUAUAAUUGAAAGCAAUGUGAUUUCACUCUCGAUUCAUGUUUUGCGUUAAUUAAAUUACACAUUGUAUGAAUAUUUCAAUGCUUCAUUUAACUUUGAGAAUAUCUAUGAUAUAUCUAAGCAAUCUUUGCAUUGUAUUUUCUUCCUUUUAUUAGGGAAUGUUUCACCAUUUCAUAACAAAGUCCCUGAUAGCCUAUUAGGAAUUUCUUCUUCAUAUACACUACAACUUUUGGUUUCAUAUUUCUCCUUCAUAGACAUCUUACAGAUUAGGUCAUGCAACAUUUAUGUCCAAUAGCUAUCAGGAACUGAUGAAACUGUAUCCAAAAAUAUUCCUUCGGUUAAUAUUCAAAGUUCUAUGUAUGCGGGAUCUUACACCGUCUCGAAAUCGUUUUGCGCAGGAGGUCUGUGAAGAACAAGUGAAUAUCGGCCUAAAGUGAGAAUAUUCUAUGGUAACAGCUCGUUCAAACACUCGGUAUGUUGCCCGGUGCCUCUUUGAAACGCACAGACAAAAUAGAAUUGCCGCUUACCUCGUCAAAUAGCAGUAAUAGGACUAGCUAGCUAAAACUAAGUUUUGUAGCACGUGGUGCUGUUAGAUACACAAUAAGAGCCGAAGCACACGAUGUGAUGCGGCGGCGGUACGACGCCGGAGCGGUGUCGCUGCGUUGUCUUACAUACAUAUGUCUUACGACACAUGUCGCGCGAUACGGUG